AUGCAUUCCGAAUCAAGUACAUCUUCCCUCUUGGGAGAUCCCAAAAAGAUCAAAUGGAUCAAAAGGCCCAGCCAUGCCUCAACUCAAUCGUCCUCUCAGCGUGCUCGUACUUUUCUACUCAUGCUGUUGCUGUCGUUCUUUUUUCUUGCGGCUCUGAUGCUGGCACUGGCCGCGCCGCACCACAAGCGGCAGGUCAGCGGCCCGGUUAUUGCCUCAAAUUUCCAGGAUCCGUCUGUGGUUCAAUUGACCGAUGGGAGCUGGAUGGCCUAUGCGGGCGUCAAUGGGAACCCGGCUGAUGUUAAUAUUCUGAUUGCAUCCUCGACAGACUUUUCAACGUGGACGGUGCACGAUGGUUGGGAUGCCUUGCCUAGCCUGCCGUCCUGGGCUGCCUCGCCGCCUCACGUUUGGGCUCCUGACGUGACACAACUGGAGAACGGCAUCUACGUGCUCUACUAUUCGGUUGCCAUGGCCGAAAGCCCGGGGAGACAUUGCGUCGCGGCAGCCACCGCUCCGAAUCCCGAAGGGCCAUUUACACCAGUCCAGAAUCCCCUGUUUUGUGACUUGAGCGCCGGCGGAGCCAUCGAUGCGGAUGGCUUCCAGGAUCCCUCCACGAACCGUCAAUAUGUCAUCUACAAGGUGGAUGGAAAUUCAGUCGGCCAUGGAGGUGCUUGUGCGAACAGCGUCGACCCCAUCGCCCCAACGCCGCUGGUAUUGCAAGAAGUCAGCCCCGACGACGGUUAUUCGUUCAUAGGCAGUCCGCUCACUGUUCUGCUGAACGAUCCGGACGACGGACCAAAUAUCGAGGCUCCCGCGUUGACCUAUGACGCUUCUUCAGGGACUUAUAUACUCUUCUACAGCUCCCAGUGUUUCACCACGACGCCCUACAACAUCCGUUAUGCCACGAGCCGAAGCAUUACUGGGCCGUACACGAAGCAACCCAACUCGUUCUUGCAGACCGGCAGUACCCCGGCGCAAGUGUACAUCCCGGGCGGUAUCGACAUUACCAAGGAUGGUAAGCUCGCUGUCUUUCAUGCAGAUUUGAACAUGGGCUGGUUCCAGAACGACGGCAGCAAAAGGGUCCGUGCGAUGUACGCGAUAGACCUGCAGGUCAAUGGGGGAAGCGCAGGGGUAGGACGGUUAUAUUGA